UCACACUUUUCCACCAACCUAUAGUUACGCGUGUAGGCCAAGAUGAGAAUGAACAUAUUUAGCUUCCUGUGGAUGCUUUGGAUAACUUUGGUCUCAGUUGAAGCGUUAAUCCCUUCACAGUCGCUUACUCUGUUUCGUGAGUUCGCAUCUGAACUACAUGAUAUUGUCAGCGAUCUAAAAGACGUUAAUUGCUCGAAUAAAUGUUCAGAACAAUGUACGUGGCCGACUAAGAUGGCUGGGACAUCCGAUUGCGUUAAACGGGGAAUGCGGGACACCGCAGCGUUGCCUGAAGAAACGGAAGUAAAGGAACGUGUUGAAAGUUUGAAACGAAUAUGGAAUUGCAGCAAAUCUCACCCCUGUCUUGGCCAUGGUACAACAACUGAUGCAUUGGUUUGUAUGAGGGAGAAGUUGAAUGGAUGCCAUGAGUGCGUGGCAGUGAAUUGUAAACAUCAACAUGAUUUUACUAUAGAAGAAAAACAUGUAGACACAGAUGAACUACGAGACAGAUGAAUGAAUUCAAUAUUUUGUUACAGCAAUAUUGUUAUUAUUCUCAAAUAAAAACAUAUCAUGUAUAAUUGUUAA